AUGGCUUUCAAGAAGAACCACUCCCCCUGGUCAAAGGGCCCGUUCUUCGGACUCCGUGCUCUCCAGUUCAUAUUCGCUACUAUCGUGAGUGCAAUCGCGAGUUACUUCAACUACACCCUCGAUGCCGACGGUUACGAGAUCCCGUGGGUGUUUCUUAUUGUUGAGGUAGUUUCAGCAUUAACAUACCUCAACAUCUUUGCUUCCAGCAUUAUCAUGUGCUGCAACAAGCUCAGUCCCCUUAUCAUGAUGGUUGCCGAUGCAAUCUUGGUCUUCAUGUGGGUCUUUACAUUCGCCAUGUUGUCACGGGCAAUGGGGAGAACCACAACUGAGACUUGCAAUAUCGCAAACUGGGGGAGUGAUGCUGGUAUCGUAAUUUGCCACAUGUACAAGUGCUUGUUUGCUUUCGUAUUCCUCUCAUGGGUAAUGCACGUCGCAUCCACCGUCUUGGCUUCCACUGUCCGCCGAAAGGUCAACACUCACGCAUACGAGCCUGCAGCCAACCCUGGAAACUUUACAGCGAACAAGUCAGGCUCAUACAACCCUGGUGCUGAGUCGGUUAGAGACGUGGAUACCUCAUACAGUGCGCCCAAGCACAACGCCGGCACAUAUGCUUAG